AAGUAGAGCAGGGAGGGAAGCCCAUCGUGUUUCUCAGUCCCAACUCUACUCAAAUGCUAUAAAUAGACUGUCCCGCUCGGAGCAUACCAAGCUGCCAAGCCUCUCGCUGUGCAUUGACCAGCGCAGAGACAAGUAGAGCAGGGAGGGAAGCCCAUCGUGUGUUUCUCAGUCCCAGUCAGCAGCAUGGCUGUCGGCGUCGCAACGGCGGAGGAGAUCAGGAAGAAGAGCCACUCGGGCGGUGUGCGGCGGUCGCCGGUGGACAGGCCACCGUUCACGCUGGGGGAUAUCAAGAGGGCCAUCCCGCCGCACUGCUUCCAGCGCUCGGCGCUCAGGUCCUUCUCGUACCUCCUCCACGACCUCGCCAUCGCGGCCGGUCUCCUGUACCUUGGCGUUGCCGGCAUCCCGGCGCUCCCGAGCGCCGCGCUCCGCCGCUUCGUGGCGUGGCCGCUCUACUGGGCGGCGCAGGGCAGCGUGCUGACGGGCGUCUGGGUCAUCGGGCACGAGUGCGGCCACCACGCCUUCUCCGACUACCCGCUCCUGGACAACGCCGUCGGCUUCGUGCUCCACUCCGCGCUGCUCACGCCCUUCUUCGCCUGGAAGUACAGCCACCGGCGCCACCACGCCAACACCGGCUCCAUGGAGAACGACGAGGUGUACGUGGCCAAGACCCGGGACGCGCUGCGGUGGUACACGCCGCUCGUGUUCGGCAACCCGGUCGGCCGGCUGGUGUACAUCGCGCUGCAGCUCACCCUCGCGUGGCCGCUCUACCUGGCGUUCAACCUCUCAGGGCAGAACUACGGCGGCCGCUUCACCUGCCACUACGACCCCUACAGCCCGCUCUACACGGCCCAGGAGCGCGUCCCGGUGCUCGCCUCCGACGCCGGCAUCCUGGCCGCGCUGCUCACCAUCUACAAGCUCUCCGUGGCGUUCGGGUUCUGGACGGUGGUGCGCCUCUACGGCGUGCCGGUGCUCAUCGUCAGCGUGCUGUUCGUGCUCAUCACGUACCUGCACCACACGCACCUGGCGCUGCCGCACUACGACUCCAGCGAGUGGGACUGGCUGCGCGGCGCGCUCGCCACCAUGGACCGCGACUACGGCCUCCUCAACCGCGUGCUGCACAACGUCACCGACACCCAUGUCCUGCACCACAUCUUCCCCAACAUGCCGCACUACCACGCCAUGGAGGCCACCAGGGCCAUGCGCCCGCUUCUUGGAGAGUACUACAUGUUCGACGACACGCCCAUCGUCAAGGCCACAUGGCGCGAGGCCAAGCAGUGCAUCUACGUUGAGCCCGGGGAGGAGCACAAGGGCGUGUACUGGUACAACAACAAGUUCUAGCACACAACAUGUACAACAACGAACCACCUGUCAUGGAUCGUGGAUCGGAUGGAUGGCCUUCCUCGUUGCUUCUAUCAUGCAUUCCUGUCUGGAAUAAUAUAAUAAUAAUAAUCCUUUGAGUUGAGUCUUACUGUACUAUAUCCUUUGAGUUGAGUUGAGUUGGACCUGUUAAUACCAACUACAUAUAUAGAUGCUUUGUGCCUAGAUUAUUCAUAUUCGGCCCUCGAAUCAAUACACACUAUUAUUUCCUUUA